AUGGCUGUUCCACGUAACUCAAUCCGAAGCUUCCUCGUCAACGCGAAAAGCGCGCUCCACACUGCUAUCCAGAAGAGCCAGAAAGUUACUCUUGUCAUAGGCAAUGAGUCUGCCGACCUCGAUUCGCUGACCAGCUCCCUCCUCUACGCCUACAUCCGCUCCAGCACCCCCACCCCAAACGCCUUCACCCCGCUCUACAUUCCAGUAACGAACAUCCCAGCCGCCGACGUCGACAUCCGCCCCGAGUUUCUAAAAGUCCUCUCACACGCCAACUUAGAGAGCCAGCACCUUAUCACGCUCGACGACCUGCCCGACCUCUCCAGCAUCGGGUCCCAGCUGCCACCCUACAAUACCAAGUGGGUCCUCGUCGACCACAAUGCGCUGCAAGGCGCUCUGGGGUCUAUCUACUCAGGGCGCGUUCAAGGGGCAAUAGACCACCAUGAAGACGAAGGAAAGGUGCCGAGGGAUACUGGCGACGAGCCGCGCAUGAUUACAAAAGCCGGCAGCUGCACUAGUCUGGUCACGGAAUACUGCGCGAAACCUUGGGACGGCUUAUCAUCCUCGGCCCAAUCAUCUGGUGCAGCACACGGUCAAGACGAUGCAAGUGGUGUGGUGGACGAUAGCGCAGUGAGUGCGUUGUGGGAUGCGCAAAUUGCGAAGCUGGCGCUAGCGAGUAUUGUAGUCGAUACAGCGAACCUACAGUCGAAGGACAAAGUCACAGACCACGAUGAAUAUGCUGUGAAGUACCUGGAGGCGAAGAUCAUGGCCGCGCCGCAGGUCUCUAGGGAUUUUGACAGAGGGAAGUUCUACAAAGAGAUCAACGCGGCUAAGAAGGAUAUCGGCAGUCUACCGCUACGCGAUAUCCUCAGAAAGGACUACAAGCAGUGGACGGAAGGGAAGCUGGAUCUAGGAGUCAGCUCCGUCGUGAGGCCGAUAGAGUUCCUCCUAGAGAAAGCGAAAGAAGAAACUCAGGACAAGUCGAUGCAGGAAGCUUUCUUAGCAGCGAUUGAGCAUUUCGCACAGGAAAGGAAUCUCCAGAUCUACGGGAUCAUGACGAUCUCGACCUCCGCGAGUGGGGAUUUCCAGAGAGAGUUGCUUGUCUGGUCUUUUACGCCCGAGGCGAAGCAGGCAGCCCAAAAGUUCUCGGAAAACGCCGCGCAAGAGCUUGGUCUAGAAGACUGGCACAGCUCGGAUGGCACCAGUCUGGACGAUGUUGAAAGGGAUGAAAAAUGGCGCAAAGCUUGGUGGCAGCGCAAGGUUCAGCACAGUAGGAAAAGGGUUGCGCCUUUGCUGAGGCAAGCUAUGAGCUGA